AUGUCGUACGCCUACCUCUUCAAAUACAUCGUAAUCGGCGACACCGGCGUGGGGAAAUCGUGCCUGCUCCUGCAGUUCACCGAUAAGACGUUUCAACCCGUGCACGACCUGACGAUCGGCGUCGAGUUCGGGUCGCGCAUGGUGAGCGUGGCGAGCAAACAAGUGAAAUUGCAGAUCUGGGACACGGCGGGACAAGAGAGCUUUCGAAGCAUCACGAGGAGCUACUAUCGAGGCGCGGCGGCGGCGCUGCUCGUGUACGACGUGACGCGCAGGGAGACGUUCGAUAACCUCUCGACGUGGUUGCAAGACUGUCGCGCGCACGCGAAUCCAAACAUGGUGAUCACGCUCGUGGGGAAUAAGGCGGACAUUUCGCACAGGCGCGCGGUGUCGACGGAGGAGGGGGAAAUGUUCGCCAGGGAGAACGGUUUGCUCUUCGUCGAGGCGAGCGCGAAGACGGCGGAUCACGUCGAGGACGCGUUCAUCGCCACCGCGCGCGAGGUGGUGAAAAAUAUCGAUGCCGGAUUAGAUGUGAAGGACGAGAGUAACGGAGUUAAGCUCGGAUACGUCGCGGGAGGAGGCGCGUCGGACACCGUCGGCUUGAACGCUCCGCCGCGCGUAGAACAGAGCGGAUGCUGCUAG